AUGACGGACGCGGGCGAAGACGUCGACGUCGGGCGCGUGCGUGAGCUCUGCGAAGUGCUCUCCGCGCUCGUGGACGGUGACGGCGCGAGCGUGCCCGUGCCCGAUGAGGCGAAAGCUUUCCUCGACGAGCUCGUGAACGCUUUUCCGGUCGAAGGAAUGAACGACGAAGAGAAGGUGAGAGAGGUGAUGAAGCUCGUUCGAGAGGCCGCGUCGGGUGGGCUCGAGCGCGUAGACGGCGGUACAUCGGCGACGACGACGGCGAUGUCCGCGACGAGAACGGUCGAGCUCGAGCCCAAGUUUGUCGUCAAGACGCUCGACGCUACGGGCACGAAGGUCUUCGUGAACGUGUGUGCGAGCGAGUUCGUGGACGUUCCGGACGAGAAUAGAGAAUCAUGGAGUCAGGGGCUGAUGCACAAGUCAGUGCCGCGGGCGUUGGAGCGAACAGCCCGAGAGAGCGCUCCCGAACUGCGUUUUCCGUUCAGCUGUGGGGACGCAAGGAUCGACGUGGACUCCAGUGGGCAACCAGCGGUGGUGUACGACGUCGUUUUCAAUUCAUUCGUUUUGCGGCACGCUGAAGUUUACAAGCCGCUGAGACGUUUCGUCGCCGAGCUGAGCUUACGACGAGUCGCCGAGAAGCACGCACACACAGCGCAGAUAAGCUUUACAUACAAGCUGCCGGCGCGACUAUUCAUUGGAGCGGCACCACCUCCUCCGCAGCGCAUUCGAGUGGAUCCGAAAUCACUCGUAUCGCCCGUGAGUGAGGGAGAUGCGACCAAUGGUGAGAAGGUAAACGUGUGCGAACGCAUACAGCACGAGUUAGAAUACGUCGGACAGCCCGUGACGGCGGCUAAACUUCGCGUGUUUGUUCCACCGGGACGACAAACGAAGGACGUGCGCGUGUUCAUCGUUCGUGAAGGGUUAGAAGUUAGUAUCGCCGGUUCACGCAUCCCGCCCGCGCGCUUUGAGUUACCAUUCAUGCUUGAGAGCAACUCUGCGAAAGGUCGGAUCAAAGCGGCGACGAGAGACGUGCGCGAGCACGUUGAAUAUGAGGUGCAAUAUUUGCCGUACAAACUGGCGGUAGAACGUUGCGAGUAG